AUGCGCAAAAUGUUCCCCAUCCUGCUCAGCCUCGUCUACAUGCACGUCGCCCCGCACGACCUCUCCGCCCUCAUCCGUGUCAGGCGCCGCUGCCGCACCGCCGCCCACAGCGUGCUCUACCUCUCUGCGUGCCCGGACCAUAUGGUCGACCAGUGCAUCACUGUGCUCGCGUCUGCGCGCGACAUCGCCGAGCUCGUGUACGAGUCUACAUGUCUACCGGGUGUUGAUCAUAUCUUUGAGCUCAUCCUCGACCAAUGUGAGGGCAGCGCUUAG